GUUCCUUUAACAGCCCCUGUUCACUGUCCACUUUCACGUUCUAUAGAAAACAGCUGCUUGGACACUCUGCAAAAUAACUUCUUUUGCGUUCCACAGAAGAAAGACAAGGUUUGGAACAACACGAGGGGAUGAAGUGUUCAUUUCUUCACUUCAUUUGAAGUCCCACCUCCGUCUAUAUCUGGAGCAUCACCUACAAAGAGCUGGCGCCUGCCAAACAUCAUAAAGGACACAAGCACAUGCAUUGUGUCUGAUCGUGUAACAUGCAACCCCUCUGGAAUAUCUUAUGAAAAUAUGCAGUAAAAUAUUUUAUUCCUCUUAGGGCUGAGGAGAAAAGCUGUGACACUGAGUUUGUGAGAAGCGUCAUUGGUGCAUGAUGACAGUCACUUACACCGCCAAAGUGGCCAAUGCUCGCUUCUGCGGCUUCUCCAAACUGCUGCUGGCCUGGAAAGGAAGCAUCUAUAAACUUCUGUACAAAGAGUUUCUGGCCUUCUUUGCCAUGUACACGGCAAUCAGCAUCACAUACAGAUUCUUCCUUCUGGACAAUCAGAAGAGAUACUUUGAAAAGGUUUCCAUAUACUGCAACCACUAUGCCAGUCUUAUCCCAAUGUCUUUCGUAUUAGGGUUUUACGUGACAUUAAUAGUGAACCGCUGGUGGAAUCAGUACACGUCUAUCCCACUACCGGAUCGUAUCAUGUGCACGCUCUCCGGGGGCCUGCAGGGCGGGGACGAGCGCGGCCGGUUGCUACGGCGCACUCUGAUGCGCUAUGCGAGUCUGUCCGCAAUCCUGAUCUUGCGCUCCGUCAGCACAGCUGUGUUCAAGAGAUUCCCAACUAUGGAUCAUGUAGUUGAAGCAGGUUUUAUGACAAGAGAAGAGCGUAAGAAGUUUGAGAGUUUGCAUUCACCCUAUAAUAAGUAUUGGAUCCCAUGUGUGUGGUUCACUAACCUGGUGGCAGUCGCACGCUGUGAGGGCAGAAUUAAAGAUGACAAUACUUAUAAACUCCUACUGGAGGAGCUGAACAAUUUCAGAGGGAAAUGUAGCAUGCUUUUCCACUAUGACAUGAUUAGUGUACCAUUGGUCUAUACGCAGGUGGUGACUCUGGCAGUGUACAGUUUUUUCUUGGUGUGUUUGAUUGGACGUCAGUUUCUAGACCCUGAUCAGGGUUAUCCGGGUCAUGACCUUGACCUUUACGUCCCCGUCUUUACCCUUUUGCAGUUCUUUUUCUAUGCUGGCUGGCUGAAGGUGGCAGAGCAGCUCAUUAAUCCGUUUGGAGAGGAUGACGAUGAUUUUGAAACCAACUGGUUGAUUGAUAGAAACUUCCAGGUGUCUAUGAUGGCAGUGGAUGAAAUGUAUGGAGAUUUGCCCAUGAUGGAGAGGGAUCGUUACUGGAAUGACUCAAAUCCUCGUCCGCCGUACACAGCCGCUACUCUCUUCGUGCUGCGCAAACCCUCUUUCCAGGGCUCCACCUUCGAUAUGGCAAUUCCUAAAGAGGAGAUGCAUUUCCAGCCUCUGGAGGAGAUCGCAGAGAACCUGGAGGAAUCCAAGAUGCGGAAUCACAACCUCGCUGUCUUCAACCGGCUCCUCAGCUCCGCCCCCUCUCCCACAGGCUUCAUGAGUGGAGCCUUGCGCCACACCUCUGCCCAGCUACAGCGAUUGACACGUUCUGUCAGCCCUGACCCCUCCUUCUCAGAUGAAGAAGGCGAGGGAGAGGGAAGCAUGGGGAGAAGUGUAGGAACGGAUAGUUCGAUUGCGUCUGGACUCAGGCUGGACACUACCCAGAGCACCAUCUGCAGCUGCGGAGGACUCAUCAGUACCUGCCCACCGCUGUUGGCUGUGGAGCUCCACAAGCAAGAAGAGAGGCAUGGAAGAGGGAAGAGGGAAGAGGAAAGAGGGCAGAACGGUUUCAGGAAUAUUGAGAAAGAGAACAAAGACGAGACGAUGGUCAAGAAAGAGUCACUCGUGCCAAAGAUACCACCCCCCUCAUCGCAGGCAUCUGUGAAGAACCAUGAGAGACACCAGCCCAACGCAGCUUGCCAGAGCCCUUAUGCUCUGGUCCAACUGAAGCCUCAUCUCUCCAUUUCAAGUGUUACCAACCGCUCUGUACCGGACUUCUUCUCUGUUGAGCCAAUUAAUGGCCAGGCAAAGGUCAUGACUCCAAAACUGGCCAAUAGCAAGGCAGAACGUGGCGUGUCUUUACUGACUGUCCCAUCUCUUGAGGUCUCCACAUUCCCAGAUAAAACUGAAAAAGAGCAGAUGUUGGCAGAUUCUUCCAACGGUCAAACUCGAUGUCAAUGUGAAAGCAUGGGGUCAGAGUUUACAGGGUCAGGUAGCAAGGUUGACUAAAUCGAACUUUUGAUUUUUUUUCCACCUUGACUUUCAUAGGAAAAACUGUUUGAGCAAAAUGACAGUGGCUGCAUCCGAAACCAGGAAAUUGCUACCUCUGGAGACUAUAUAUGGAGGUAGAAAGUGAUGAAGGCAUGUCCGAAUCCAGCGUUCGUGUCACAUCCUGUCUACUGAGAUACCUUCAUCUGAUCGAUUUUUUAAGGCAGCAUAGAUGUAUCCUUCGCUGCCUCUGAAAUCCCACAAUCCUGUGCGUGCAGAUUCAGGGCGGUUGAGCUGGAGAAAUAAAAUGGCGGCCGAAGAGGCAGUAGGCAGCCAAUUUGUGUAUAAUGCAUGUUUUUUUUCCCCACUUUUGAUUCCAUUUCUAGCAAGAAAUUACUAUUGUAGUUAUGAAACAUACACUUGGUUAUCACCAAAACUCUCUUGAUUUUGUUCUAGAUUAUAUAGAUAUAGAUAUUUGACCAUUGCGGUUCAGAUGGAAUGAAUGAAGCAGACGCGUUAUCUUUAGUGGACACCAGAUGGCAAUAAUCAGUUGCUGGUAUUCUAGCAAUGAUGUGAGGUCAUGCUGCCUCAGUAGCCUGUCCUAAACCAGUUUCUGGAGGUACCUUCCUACGCAAACGCUGUCUGUUGAGUCAUUGACUGAUAGGGCAAGGAGGCAACAAGACAGCUACCUUUUGGUUUCGGAUGCAGCCAUUGUUUAAAUAUUCUUUAACUAUGUAGCCUAUAUCUUGUUGCAACACAAAACUCGCCAAAUCAUUUGGAGUUUUUCAGAUAUUUUAAAGAUAUAUAAUGUUAUGCAACUGUAUGUAAACAAAAUAAUCACUGUGAUGGAAACAAUGUUAAUCAGUACUGACAUUGAUCUCUAGAGAUUUAGGGUUUGUUGAAAGUAAGAAAGUGCAUGUCUAGAAAACACAGAUGUAACUGAUAGUUUUUAUAUAGAUUUAUUCAUUUGAAUACAUUAAAUAGCUGACAAGCACAUGAAAGUGGAGAAUGCAUCACAGGAAUUGUUCUGAUGAAAAUGAAUAGUGUUUAAUUCAUUAUCUAGUUUGAUUAUUAAUGACUGGCACUAUUUUCAACCCCAAACUGUACAAUCGUAAUAUCUGGCUAAAAUGAUCCACAUGAGGGCAGUAUUGCAAUAUUCUAUGGCUUUCGUAUAAAGCUGCUUAUAUUUUUAAACAGCAAAUAAAACUAUUCAGUUAUAGGUUAUAUAUAUAUGUGUGUGUGUGUGUGUGU